CUUACUUCCGUAUUGUGCGUUCCACAUACAGGAAGUGAGUUUUCAUCGACUGUUGCAGCCUCCCAGUGUCCGUGGAGAUCAGGCUCUUCCACAGAUACAGAGACAGUUCCACCGGAGGGGGAGUAUAUAGAGGAACACAGGGGUCUGUACAAGGACGUGAUGAUGGAGAAUCACCGGCCCCUCACAUCACUGGAUGGACCCAGUAACAGAGAUACCCCAGAGAGAUGUCCCCGUCCUCUGUAUUCCCAGGAUUGUACUGAGAAUAAUCACAGGACCCCACAAGAGGAUCAGGUAGAACGUCUUUCUCGUAUAAAGGCAGAAGAUAUAAGGAGAGAAGAAGAGACGUAUGUGACUGAUAUAAAAGCAGAAGAUAUAGAUGGAGAAGAAGAGACGUAUGUGACUGUUAUAAAGGUAGAAGAUAUAGAGGGAGAAGAAGAGAUGUAUGUGACUGAUAUAAAGGCAGAAGAUAUAGAGGGAGAAGAAGAGAAGUAUGUGACUGAUAUGAAGGCAGAAGAUAUACAGAGGGAAGAAGAGACGUAUGUGACUGAUAUAAAGGCAGAAGAUAUAGAGGAAGAAGAAGAGACGUAUGUGACUGAUAUGAAGGCAGAAGAUAUGGAGGGAGAAGAAGAGACGUAUGUGACUGAUAUAAAGGCAGAAGAUAUAGAGGGAGAAGAAGAGACGUAUGUGAGGGGUGAUCAGCAGUGUAAGGAGGAGGAGAUCCCUACAGAUAUCAGCACAGCAGAUGGACACACAAGCAGGAAUAUCUCAGAAGGACAUCUAAUGCUAUCCCUGGAUUCUGAAAUAACAGAUAAUGACAGUAGACUGGAUUCUCCAGGAGCUAACCCCAUUACCCCAAUUAUUCAUCCAGCUCUAUCAGCUGAUCCCUCUGAUCCUGGGAAAUGUUCUCCUGAUCACUCUGAUAUUGGUGCAUCUGUUACAGCUCUGAGAGUAGAUACAGUGUUUCCCUGUUCUAUAGAUGCCAUAUGUUUUACACAGAACACAAACCUUAUUACUCAUCAGCCAGCUAAGGCAGGUGAGAGGCCAUUUCCAUGUUCUGAGUGUGGGAAAUGUUUUACAUAUAAAUCAUAUCUUGUUAGACAUGAGAGAAGUCACACAGGUGAGAAGCCGUAUUCCUGUUCUGAGUGUGGGAAAUGUUUUGCAACAAAAUCAUUUCUUGCUACACAUCAGAGAAGUCACACAGGUGAGAAGCCGUAUUCCUGUUCUGAGUGUGGGAAAUGUUUUGCACAGAGAUCACAUUUUGUUAUUCAUCAGCAUGCUCACACAGGUGAGAGGCCAUUUUCCUGUUCUGAGUGUGGUAAGUGUUUUGCAUGUAAAUCAGUUCUUGUUACACAUCAGAGAAGUCACACAGGUGACAUGCCAUAUUCCUGUUCUGAGUGUGGGAAAUGUUUUGCACAGAAAUUACAUUUUGUUACACAUCAGAGAAGUCACACAGGUGAGAAGCCGUAUUCCUGUUCUGAGUGUGGGAAAUGUUUUUCAUCGAAAUACCAUCUUGUUAGUCAUCAGAGAAGUCACACAGGUGAGAAACCAUAUUCCUGUUCUGAGUGUAGGAAAUGUUUUGCACGGAAAUCAGCUCUUGUUAUACAUCAGAGAAGUCACACAGGUGAGAAGCUGUAUUCCUGUUCUGAGUGUGGGAAAUGUUUUGCACACAAAUCACAUUUUGUUAUACAUCAGAGAAGUCACACAGGUGAGAAGCCAUAUUCCUGUUCUGAGUGUGGGAAAUGUUUUUCAUCGAAACCAGAUCUUGUUAUACAUCAGAGAAGUCACACAGGUGAGAAGCCAUAUUCCUGUUCUGAGUGUAGGAAAUGUUUUGCACGGAAAUCACAUCUUGUUAUACAUCAGAGAAGUCACACAGGUGAGAAGCCGUAUUCCUGUUCUGAGUGUGGGAAAUGUUUUGCACACAAAUCACAUUUUGUUAUACAUCAGAGAAGUCACACAGGUGAGAAGCCGUAUUCCUGUUCUGAGUGUGGGAAAUGUUUUUCAUCGAAACCAGAUCUUAUUAGUCAUCAGAGAAGUCACACAGAUGAGAAGCCGUAUUCCUGUUCUGAGUGUGGGAAAUGUUUUGCACACAAAUCACAAUUUGUUAUUCAUCAGCAUGCUCACACAGGUGAGAUGCCAUUUUCCUGUUCUGAGUGUGGGAAAUGUUUCGCACAGAAAUCCGCUCUUGUUACACAUCAGAGAAUUCACACAGGUGAGAAGCCGUAUUCCUGUUCUGAGUGUGGGAAAUGUUUCGCACAGAAAUCAGCUCUUGUUACACAUCAGAGAAUUCACACAGGUGAGAAGCCAUAUUCCUGCUCUGGGUGUGGGAAAUAAGCUCUUUUUUUUUUAAAUUGUGUAUUUAUUGUAAGUUUUUUAAACCCCCCCCAAAAAAAAAUAAUAAUACAACAAACAAUUAUUAAAAUUAUGAGAAUUAUAAGAAAGUGGCACCUGUAAGAAAAAUUUGUUAAUACAAAACGUGUUUACAGCUCCUUUUGGAGAAUUUGAGCUCAGUCCGUCACGAUUUCACAAAAUGUGGAAGUUCUAACUUUCCCUAACUACUAACCGGUACCAUGCAGGGCACCAAGAUGUAGUAUGGUAAGUCCUCUUCUCCCGUGCCACUGCGUCCAGCGGUGGGAGAUCGCGGUUAGUUGUUAAGUCGCGGCUCGAUGAAGUCACACUGCGGCUCAGCGUCAGGGAAUUCGGGCCGGUCAGAUGGUAAACUGUAGCUCUGUGCCUCCAACGCGUUUUGUGCGUCACAAUCAUGGCAGAUACAGUAGAGCAUGCAAUAUGCAGACAGGAGUACUGUCAGACAAUGUAUACCAAAUAAAAUUACAAUACAUGCCCAACAAAAACAGGAUAUAUAAAGCACUCACCAGUAUAACAUUAAGCAAUAGGAGCACACAGGCGCCAUGUGAGCUCACAUAUCAAGGAUAAAGAGAGUAACCUAUAGCUGAGGAAUAUAGAGAUACAGAGGUAACUAUAUUGCAGACCAUGAAUAGAAUAGGCAUAGAGUGAAGGAAUAUUGAAAAAAAUAUAUAUAAUUCCGGAGACAUCUGCCAUAAAUCUAAACAGAAUAAAACAAAACCCUACAGUCUCUAACUAAAUCAAAACAAACCCCGCACCCUGUAUAACCUAACCCCAACCUAGGUAUACCUGGAUCCCCAUAACCCGCCCACCUAAGCUACUUAACUUGUCUAAGCCCUAAACCCCCACCCCAUACCCAAAACGAGGAUAAAUAAAAUAGAUAUAUGACUGGGGCAACUGAAAAGAUAAUAUCAAAGGAUCUAACUCUAGUAGAACUUCCACGUAUAAACUUACAUAUGUGAACAUAAAAUAUGAAGGAUAGUGUUUGCUAUACCCAAUAGAUAUUCCAAUGCGUAUCUAGAUACAUAAGCUCUUAAAUGAACAUUUUUCAAAUUAAACAUAGUGUGUAACUAUGUAAUAAAGUUAGGCCGAUAAUAAGACAUACAAAAAACAUGAGAAUGGACAAUAUUUUACAGAGAAUCAGUGAGAAAAUAAAACAUAGCGAGGGUCCUGGCAACAGUGAAUCAGUACACAGACUUGGAAAGAAGCAAAUUCAGUCUGGGGGACGGGCCCAUUCCGGAACCAUAUAGCCCAACAAUUCACAAACAGUAACCAGCAAACAAAUGGAGUCAUCAGCCAUCUUGUACAGCAUUAUCCAAGUAGAGAAGAGUAAAGGCCUCAGGUCCACAAAAAUUACAGAAUGGAAAUCCAUCCCCCUCCCUAGCACCUCAACGGACUGCAAUGUGAUACAGUACAGUUCUCCAGUGUCCAAAAAGUCACAUUUUGAGGCCCUGAAUGAGAUUACAGUGUGGGUCCACACAGUCCUAAUGACGAGAUGGAGACUGCCGCUGACAUCCCAUGCACCAUCGCCAACCAGGAAUAACGGCGAAUACGCAUGGGAUUAAUCCGCAACUCCCCCAAUUUAUUUAUAACUUGUUGUGUAGCGGAACCCACAGGCUCACCCGAGGGCAUCAACACAGGUAGGCAGGCAGACUGUUCAGGAGAAACGGGCACCACAACAGUCUCUUCUCCAAACAUAGCAAGAAUCCUUUUCUCAGAUUCCAUAGCAGCCUUCAGGAUAGAGGAGGUUAGAUGUUCAGAGGUACUAGCAGGGUUAAACAUGGCUUGAAGGGGUGCCUCACCAAAGCCAGUAAUAUGUAAAGCACUGAAUAGCAGAUAGAAAUAUUAGAAAGGUCCAGUCUCAAACAGUCAAUAUCAGAGGUAUGAAACACAGAAGAAAUGGCAGUUCUGUGUGUUCAUGAUGAAGGAGCCCUCAGUGUUCAGCAGAGAGCUAUAGUGAAAAAAAGGUGUGCACUCACUAGGGAAGCAUAGGAGAGAAGUAAUGAAGUUCCUAGGGGCCCGGUCAAAAGAUGGCAUCUCCGUGGCGGGAAAGCACUCUUAAUAAGCUGCUCCCAGGGUUGGCCAAAAUGCAAGGAUUCCGCUCGCAAUAUAAGGCGACAGCAGCGGCACAGACACGGAGUUAAAAGCACCACUCAGAAGAAGCCGCCCCGCAUUCAGCUUGGGUAAACAGUCGGGUAGUAGAAGUGGCGGAUCCGCAGCAGCUAAGUUUGGCCACAGUAAACAUGCGGUCAAUCCCGGUGAUGUAGUAGUCUCCCACCACAGCCAGUCAGUGCCAGCAGUCCCCGAAUCAGCAGCCCGCCAGCCGGAGUGGUCAGGAGAGGAGAGCCGUAGCUGGAAGUGAACUUGCGCACAGCACAAUGUCAGGCAGUGAGGCCGGCCGCGACACCCAGGAUGUAGGCCGCACUACGCAGCUCCGCAAUGCCAAGGUUUUUCUGCAGCUAGAGACAGCACAGACACCAAAAGAUGCAGCACACUUGAACACCCCUGUGGAGAAAUUUCCAACGAGAACGUAGUAGGGAGCAGGAUAUAUCAGCAGGAUGUUGGUCGGGAAAUAAGCUCUUGAUCGGCAUGAGA